CCGUGUGGCUCGUGGACUCUGUGUCGGGCGAUUUCGUGCGCGUGAUCGUGACUUUUCUUUCCCGGUGGGUUUCCGAGGGCUGACGAGAGUGGAAAUUCUGGGUCCUUAAAUUCGAGUCCUGCGCAUCCGAGUAAUGCAGGAGUACACGAGGAGGUGUGCAUGUGGUUUCGGUGAUUAGUUUUAGGUUGAAUUCCGCUCCCGACAACAGGUGGCUUUCCGGUUUGUUUAUCGAGGAAUCGGUUCGCAUCAGCGGUUAAAGUGAAUCCCGCCGCUUUGCCAGAGGGCAAAAGAAAGUGUCCCCUAGCAUCCGUGGGAGAAAACGAAACAGGCAGGGAGAAGGUGGAAGAUUGUGUGUGCAAAGGAGAAUAAAGGAAGCGAGAGUGAUUUGUUUUCGGCGUUUCGUGAGCCUGCAGGUCGGCAACGUUUUUUUCGGUGGAUGCUGAAUAUCUUGAAACCGCCGAGACAGGUUCAAGAAGGAAGUCCAAAAAAGGCUUGGAGCCACGAAUGCGGGAGAAUUCGGGGAGAGUUUAAGCAUUUGGAUGUGAUCUGUACGAUCGGGGUCGAAAGUGUGUCAACGUGCAACUUGAUCCAGAGGAAGGUGUGUUCGUGUGUAUGUUUCAUCUUUUUAUGUUGACCAAAAGUGUCGAUGAAAGUUACUAGGCUUCGAUGUGAAUGACACGUUGUUUUUGGUUGUCACGUUUCUACCUUUUUUUGACAUCAUCCUCGUGGCUGGAAUUCCAUUUUCGAUUUCUCAAGCAAAGGAGCUACUGCACUCAACUCAACUUUGGUUCGUCAAGUGCCGAUGAGUUGAUUACCCGUAAAAAGGAAUAAGUUCAAAGUGUAACACUAUAGCCGGGCAAGUUUUUGUUCCCCUUCUGAAUUCGGUGACCAAACCUACUACCUGGUGUGAUGUAAUUGGAGUGAAUCACUGCAAGUUGUCAGCCAAGUGAAAAAGGAGAGCGUUUAUGUUGUCCAGUAGAAUCAAGUGUCGUUGCUGCCUGCUACUGAAUGGCUGCGCGAAAAAGGUGAAACGAGUGUGUUGCUGCUGCUGCUGCUGCUACCGGAUUGCAAUUGACCAGCCGUUUGCGGAUAAGUGAUGGAGUAGUUGUGAAUGAAAGGUGUUUUUUUUAUAAUUUAUUUUUUGUUAUGGAAAACACUUCAGUAGCAGCUGGUUCGAAUAGGUGAAACAAGUUACCUUGAGUGGAAUAUUUAAAAAUUCAAUUAGGUUUAUGCUUGGAAUAUUUGUGUCGUUUGGAGUAGCAAAAAGCUAAUGUUUCUUCAUGGGAUAUUUGCGGAUUUUAAAUAAGGAUAACAUCAAUUUAACGUUUCAUCAAUUAUCAGACAACACACAUCAAGCAAUGGCGGCAGCCCACUGAGGACACGGAUAAACACCUUUAAUGCCUUUAAUUGUGUAAAUCGCUCAGCUUGCUAAGCAACCGACCCCGAAAACUGUCAUUAUUUACGGGGACCAAACAAACCGCCCGUGGUCCAGUAAAGUGUGACGAGCCAGACGAAAAUUAUUCCUCGCUUUGCGCCGCCGCCGCCGUUUCAUUGUGUUUGCGCUAAUUAAUUGGCAUUUUGGCAGUUUGGCCGCCAUCUUUCGACACCUGGUACCAAACCAAUUGUUCAUCUCCUCAAGUCUCACAGUCGCAAGCCCAAAGGUUAAAGUGAUUGAUGAUCAUAAUCGGUUGAUCUCCGUCGAGCGAGAAAAUUACCUGAAGUGUAAAUUUUUGCAGAAUUAGUGCGGCAUGCAAUAGAGCGACCAUUAUCGGAGGAUCGUUACGAGGAAGACCCUACAGGGAUUCAACCAUCAACGACUGAUAAGGAAGAAUAGAAACUUGGAAGUAUGGUGUAACGAAUGUAGCUACAAAAGCGAUAACGGGAUAAUGAAGAUGGCGAUAUGAUCGCUGCCCGGAAGAUUCCGAAGACGAAGGUGGUGAUAAUGAUGAUGAUGAUGCGGAAAUGUUGUGCCACCAAAUGUUGUUGUUGCUGAUCUGAGUGUCGGUUGAGUGCCAAGUUUCGAUCUAACGAGCUAGAAAGCUUAGAAAGCCAUCACGUUGAAUGGUUCCAUCUCUCUGUUGUUGGUAACCAUCUAUUGGGGCAUUGGGUCUUUGGAGCUAUUCUUGAGAAAGCGUCUUUGAUGAUUAUUUUUCUCAUCUCUAUACUUUGUGCCGAAGCUGGUUAACUCAGUGUACUGAUCCAAAGAAAAGAAAGAUUCAUCAGAAUAAUAAGUGCCCUGGAAUCGUCGAAGCUCCGACUUAGUCGCGUAUAAUAGAACUCGUUAACGAGUUUAGACCCAGAAGAUUGCAGAUCUUGACUGGGAUCCAUCAGCUGGGUCUUCCGGGAAUGUUGCGCUGAACCAACCGGAGAUCUGUGCCGAUAGAUAAGGAAACGGAUUAGCAAUACCCAUCGAAGUUGCCAGUUCUUCGCGGCCAGUGCUAAGUGAGAACAUAAGCUCCCAUGACUACUGCUAGCUGAGCGUCUUAGGGGUCUUGGAAAUGCGACCUCCACACUAGGCUAGGAUCAGCCAACGCUCUAAACUAGGUCAACACAACACAACACCUCGACAUUGAAGAGAGAGAAAGAAAAAAAAAUCACAGGAGUGAACAACCAACAACGCCGUCACGAGCAGCAAAUCAUCGAACGAGAAGAAGCAACGAACCGAACAUGACCAAAGAAGAAACGCCACACCGAGCUUCCGCCGAUCGGCACCUGCUCAACAUCAACAACGCCAACAACAUCCACACUGCAAUUACGGCGGGCCAUAAAAGGAUCGAUCCCGAUCCAGAACGAUUACAACGAGUGCCUCGACGACGACUAUUGCUCAAAAACCGGGGCCCAAGUUUACGACUUGAUCGGGGCAGCCGUAGAAGUGGUUGUGCGACAACAACGAUGUCUUCCUGCUGCCGGUGGUGGAACUCGUCCUCGUCCCUGCUGCCGAGGUUUCUGCUGAUGGCGGCAAUGCUGAUGGUUUCCCACCAGGUCCAGGCGGCCGAAGGAAAACUUCAGUUGUGCGAAGUCGAAACCGGCCAAACCAACAUCAUUCUGGACAUCGAGGAGAGCCGGGGAAACUCCAUCGGCCAAACAACAACGCCUCCGGAACUUCCGAUCUACGGCGAUCCGGAGCAGGAGAUCGCACUGGAACUGAUCUUCCCGAAGGGAAACCCGACCUUCACGCUGGACGGCAAAUCGCUCCGGCUCAUUCAUCCGCUGGACCGGGACGAGGAAAAUCUCAGCCACAUCGUGUUUCAGAUUACCUGUACGAUUCGAUCGACGCGUCGCAAGCGUAACAUCCCGAUCAUCGUGCGAGUGUCAGAUGUCAACGAUAAUCCGCCGAUGUUUAUCAACACACCGUACGAAACGACCGUACCUGAGUCGACGCCUGUCGGGACCACCAUUUUCCGGAACCUGCAGGCCCAGGACAAGGACGCCGGAGUCAACGGACUCGUGGAAUAUUUUGUUGUCGAAGGUUCGCAGCAAAAUAUUUCCGACAUUUCACCCAACACGCUGACGGCGGCCGAUGGAUACGGGGUGUUUGCCAUCGCCUAUCCACACCAGGGACAGGUCACCGUUGUGAAAACUCUGGACUACGAACGCAUCCAGCGCUACUACCUGACUGUGGUUGCAUCGGAUCGAUCUCGGAACGCAUCCGAGCGGCAGUCGGCUACCACUACACUCACCAUCAAUGUGGCCGAUUCGGACGAUCAGGAUCCCUCGUUCAUCUAUCGGGGGUGCGUUCUGCUCGACGGAGCCUGCCUAAACCCCGAAUACAGUGCAUCGAUACCGGCCGGCAGUCUGCAGGGAGUACUCACCGUGUCUCCGGAACGUAUCCAAGCGGUAGAUCUGGAUACCAUUAGUGCCCCGAUACGGUACUCGUUUCUGAAGGGAAUUCCGAGCAAUUACGAUGACUACUUCGAAAUCGACGCCCAAACGGGAGUGCUCAAGCAAACCAAGCUGGUGGAUUCUUCCGUAACGGCCAAGAAGUUUGACAUUAUCGUCAAAGCCGAGGAAGCGACCGAAAUGAAGCGAUUCGCCACGGCCAAGUUAACCAUUCAUGUUAAAGCUGUGGACGCGUAUCCACCCGUAAUAAGCGUCACCUCAACGGAAGGGUUUGUGGAUGAAAACUCGUCGAUUGGGACCACCGUUACCGAUUCCAAGGGGAAACCGAUCAAGUUGAGUACCAGCGAUGCCGAUUUGGGACCGGAAGAUGAUAAAGUUGAAUACAUCUACGAAGUGACGACGCCUUCAUUUGUAGUGUCCAAAGAAGGCAUUCUUCAGGUAAAUGAAGAAGGACUGGAUCGAGAUCCACCAAACCCGGGCAAAUACCGAUUCCAGGUUGUCGCUCGAGAAGCGAACGGUAAUGCGGCUAGUGCACCGAUGAGUUUGACGGUCACUUUGAACGACGUAAAUGAUAACGCUCCCAAGCUAGCGAUGGUUGCCCCGGUAAGUCUCACAGCAGGCGAUGGUCGCAGACUCGUAACAAAAGUAGUGGCUACUGAUAACGAUAAGGGAGAAAACGCCGCCAUCACGUACAGCAUCUUCCACGUUUCCAACAACGGAGCCAACAAAUUUGCUGUUGAUCCCAAAAGUGGUGAGAUCGAAACACGAACUAGACUCAACGCCGGUGAACAAUACAGCAUAACCGUUCAAGCGACCGAUGUCGGUGGGCUGUCGUCUCAAGCGAUCGUCGAGGUGUCGAUCACACCGGGGCCGAACACCAAACCUCCUCGCUUUAUGAAGCCGGUGUACGAUGUGCAGGUUAGCGAGGGAGCCGAAAUCAAUUCAACUGUGAUUGUCGUGAAAGCCGAAGAUCCCGAAAAUGACCCGGUCAAGUAUGCGAUAACGACCGGGAAUGAUCUGAGACAAUUUUCUAUCAGUAAGGAAAACGGAGUCAUUAGCGUGAUACGGAAACUGGAUCGUGAAGAUCUUACCAGAUAUCAGUUGAUCAUUCGAGCCGAAGAUAACGGAGGGUUGGCGAGCAGUGCAACGGUUAACAUUAAAGUGACUGAUAUUAACGAUAAGAACCCAGAGUUUAACGAAAACCUUCUGCCAUAUAUUUUCACCAUUGACGAAGGACGCGACAAUGUUGUUAUAGGAUCGGUACAAGCUACAGAUGCGGAUGAAGGGAUGAACGCCGAAAUAACGUACACCAUCCCUUCGGAUGUGCCUUUUAAAAUCAACUCCCGAACAGGCGAAAUUCGUACGAAAUCCAAACUUGACUACGAGAAACAAAAAGAGUACAAAUUUGUAGUUACAGCUCAAGACGGAGCUCCAGAACCUCGGCUAGGCACAGCUAGCGUUACAGUUAAAGUUCGAGACGUACCGGAUGAAGUGCCACGCUUCAUGGAACCUUUCAUUGAGGUGAAGAUUCCGGAAAACGUACCGGAUAUGAUGGUCACUACUGUUCGUGCCUUUGAUCCGGACACGAAACCCGAGAUAACCUAUGUCCUAAAGCGUGGACCUGCAGAGUUGUUCAAGAUCGAUGCAAAAUCGGGACAGAUAAAAACCAUUCGUGGCUUGGAUUUCGAAAAGGAUAAAAUUCAUGAGCUGAUCGUUGGAACAGUGGAAAAUAAUGGAACCAACCCCGGGGACUAUAUCAAAAUCUUGAUCGAAGUAGAAGAUCGUAACGAUAUUCCUCCGGUGUUCGUUUCGAUUCCGGAACCAAUCAAUAUCAACGACGAUCUUCCUAUCGGCUCGAUUGUUGGAUCUAUGCCGGCUGUUGAUGGAGAUGGUUCAUCGCCUGGUAAUGUGGUUCGCUAUGAAAUGGUUGGUCGCGGGAAGUCGUUGAAGUACUUCCAAGUGGAUCCCGAUUCGGGCAUUGUGCGAAUUCGUGAUGAGCUGAACAAAGACGAAGAUUCCGAAUACCUGGUGGAUGUGAGGGCCUAUGAUAUGGGCGAACCUCAGCUAAGUUCGGUUGCAACUCUUCCAAUUUACGUUAGUCAUAUUCCGGCAAAUCCUAACGGAGAUUCGUCCGAAUCGCAAACCGUUCGAGGCAUUUUUAAUCCGGAUAUUCAAGGUUUAGCCUUCAGUGACGACAGUUACACCACCAGUGUUCCGGAGUCGACUGGCACAAAUGCAACGAUCAAGCUUAUACAGAUAAUUAAUUCCAAAAAGGCAACUAAAAACAACGGUGGAUUCAAAUGUGAAAUAACCAAGGGGAAUGAAAAGAAACUGUUCGGCAUCAUGAUCGAAGACCAUGCCUGUGGAUUGGUACUCAAAGGCACCCUAGACUACGAAACCUCCAAAGAACACAAUCUAGAAGUCCGUCUGGUGUCGAACAAAUACUUCGUGAAUCAACAUAAAAACUUUGCGAAAAUAAACGUUAUCGUGCAGGACGAGAACGACAAUGUGCCACAGUUCCAAUUUCCGAAUACAUUCCAACCAGGAGUACGCAACGAUACCUAUUAUGCAGUGGUAUCGGGAGAUGCAGACACCGACACGCCUAUUCUAACUGUCAAAGCGACAGACAAAGACACUGGACCGCACGGUCAGAUCAGAUACUUCAUUUACGACGAAAAAGUUAACGAAAUACCGAACGACGACUCACCGAGCUCAUUUUUCACGAUCGGUGAAGAGAAUGGAAUGCUCAAAACGCAGAAGAGCUUACAGAGUGUUAAGCAGACACCUUUGGUGUUUGUUGUAGAGGCCCGGGACAACAAUGGCGAUCCACAGGGUGGAAUGCUCCACAAGGCUAAAGCCAGGGUGGUAGUCAAUCUGAUAUCGGACAUCAACCGAAUGACUUUGGUGUUCUCAGAUUCGAACCCUAAAGACAUCCGAAGGCAUGUGCGCGCCUUGGAGGAGCUGUUGCACGAAAAGUCUACGGGACUGAUCACGGGCAUCGAACGAUUCAGCACCCGCAAGAUUUUGAACGAUAACGGAACCGUUGAAGAAGUCUCGGGAGCAACGGAUGUCUGGUUUUACGCGGUGGACCCGAAGUCAGAGAAGAUUUUGGAGCGAAACUCCACUCCGAUUAUGACCAGCAUCCUAACCCCGACAGUGCUAUCCCAGAUCAACUUUGAAGCAUCUAGCAUCGCCCAUGCUACGGCUCAAGGUAUUUUUGGUCCGGUUGAACCAAGGCAACAAAUUCAAAAGGUAAAGGCCACUGUCAUCGUGAAUGAGGACGUUUUCCCGUACGCUCUUAUCGGGGUUGCAAUCGUGAUCCUGAUUUUGGGAACAGUUGGAAUCAUCUACAUUUGCAUUUCUUGGUCCAAGUAUAAGAAUUUUAAACAAAGAAUGCGCCAAUACACUGCCCCUGCUAGUCCAGUCCGCUAUGAUCCCGUGAUCAUCAACUCCCAAGCCCCUGCCGCAGAAAAUCAAACUAGCCUGAAGGAGUACGAAACCCAGGUACUCGCCAUGGCUGUCCCCAUAGAUGAGGGUGAUGACCUUCAGCUAGAUUUUAGCGCCAAAAACCACGCCUUCAGCCUUGACAACGUCAGCUACAUCACCCACAAGGAAAACGGUCAGCACAGUCCUACGAACUCCGACGCAACGACCGCUGUUGUCGGUACUCUGCAGCGCAACAACAAUAACAACAUCAAGAACAAUAACAACAACAACCUGAACAUCAACAAUCGACAGAACACGCUUAAUCGAACGCUGGAGAUGAACCGCAACAACUACCUGAAUCCGCUAGGGACAGCUGGCAACGGGAACAUCCCGGGUACUCUCACCCUCGGAAGAAUCAAAAGCGAACGAAACAACUACAUCAAUGGUUACGGCGACACUUUGAACCGGAACAAUCUGUCGAUGGCACAGAACAACACCUUCAAUACUCUGGGCCGCAAUCAGCGGAACAAUGCCGUGGUGAACAAUAACAUCCAUAACCAUCACGGCAACAAUAACCAUAACAGCAACCAUCACCAUAACCUGAACCAUCACCAUCACAACCACAAUGGGGUGGAAAUCGUCACCAAUACGCUGGGUCGGAACAACCGAUACGCCGAUGUGCCGAUAAGCAAUCCGUUGUUUCACAUACGCCAAAAUGGAGACCUCCAGUCCCAGCAGCACCUGAAUCACUCGAGUCCUAGCAACGAUAAUGUGACUUUCGGCAAGAGAGACUACGCUCAACUGUCAUUCUCCUACCUGAACGAUCUGGACCGAUCGGAUGCGGAAACGACCACCGAAUUGUAGGAGAGAAAUCGAAAUGCACCUUACACACAGACACUUACAAAUUUUGUAGUCUCGGAAACGAUAAGGAUCUAUAGAACAAGCAAUAGGACUACAACUGUGUAGUGCAACCGUAUGCAUGCCAUCUUACCGGAGGAAUUUUGAGUUAGGAAUCUACUGCCGUUUUAAGCUUCUAGUUUAAGAGUAUGUGUAAUAUCUUGAUUCGUUGUUCUGUGAGUUGUUUUAUGUAGUAGUUUUAUCCGUAGGUAGACGCAAUACAUCUCUCAUCUGUUGUUUCUCGUUACUUUUAGGUUAUAUUUUAUAUUAACGAUUUUCCCCCGUUUCAUUUAACUGUAACCGUUUGUGGCAUUUUCUACAUUUUACUAACCUUAGCUCUUUUAUCAAUUAUGAUUUUUUGUUUUUUACAUCGAUUAGCUUAGACUGCGUCCUCAUAUUUAUGACUCCACACGACUUUACCUUUAGCAAACCCGUUAAACUGUUUUAAAGUCUGCUUUUGUGUAAAAAGUUAGGAAUUUUUUAAACCUAGGCAAAGAGAAGAAAUGAAAAAACAUAUUAUAACAUACUGAGCAAGUAGUUAAACUACGAAGAAGUAUCGCCGAGAACUUUUUCACUGUACAUAUUGAGUCAUAUAGUUUACGGAAGAUGUACGUGAGAUUUUAUUUUUAUAAACCUGUUUUAACCCGAGCAAUUGUAUAUUGAUUUUAGAGCAACUGAGGUUGGAAGAUUUUAACCAACAGGGACACAAAUGUUGCAAUUGGGGCGAUUCUUCCUGGAACUGAAUCUGUUUGGUAUUUUAGAGAAAAUUUUAGCUACAGUAAGUAUUUUACACAGCCUAACUAGAUAGUACCGUGAAAUCUACCAAUCUUACCGUAGGAAUGUUUAAUCGAAACCAACUCAAUUGUAAUUGUAGAAACUGUAAACUACCUUUAAAGUAACAAAUAAAUUGGUACGACGUAGGACGAUAUCUAGUAGGGAUCAAAUAAAUUGGAUCGAUUUUCCAAGCUGAUAAU